ACUUUUUUUAACAGAGCGUCCACUAAUGAUGCUCUUAGAGCAUCAUUAUCGCUGGUUUUUAAGACGAGUUUCUUACCAUAAUUGAAAUUAAAAAGAAAAAGAAAAAUAUCAAUUAAAACAAGAGACGGUUGUUCUUUCUCCUAAAUAGGAGACGUUUCUUUCUCUUGAUUCCCGUUGCGCAUGGUACCGAGCCGUUCGAAGCGGUGGUGAUGAUCGAUGUGCUGCGGCGAGGCGGCGCGGAUGUAACGGUGGCCUCCGUGGAGAAUCAGGUUGGAGUUGAUGCAUGCCAUGGAAUCAAGAUCGUCGCCGAUUCUUCUCUCUGAUAUCACCACUCCGUUUUCGACCUUAUUAUGCUCCCUCUCUGGGAGAGUUUACAACUUUGAUUCUGAUGAGAGCUUUCUUUACUUCUUCUUUGUAUGUGAAAGCUUACAACUUUGAAUCACAUCAACUCGUUUUUCCCAAACUGUUAAUUGCAAUUGCUUUUAGUUUCUAUAUGAGAUUGAUUUUGAUAAUUGUUUUUGGUAAUGCCAGGAGGACGAGUGGCCCUAUAAGGCAAGCCAAAGGCGGCUGGACCUCUUCCGAUGAGACAUUGAGACAAGCAGUUUGUAAGUUUAAUGGCAAGAGCUGGAAGAAAAUAGUGCUUCAGAUGUUGUUCUUUGGUGUAUAUCCCUGAGUAGAUGUAUUUGUGUCUGUAGCUAAGCUGAAGUAGAUGGGAAACUCAAUUUUACUUACUGCAGAUGGCAACGCAACUUUAUACACACAUUCAUGUAGUGGCAGGUACGUCUUGGCUCAACAUCUCCAAGUAGAUUAUUUGUUGAACUUGAUCAACUGGACAUACGCUUAUAUGCAGAACCACCGUUUGGUGUUUAAUUAAAAUUUGUAAGUUUUUCAAUGAAGAACUUGAAUAUAUUCUUUGUUGAAACUUGAUCAACUGGACA